CGCUCUCCAGUAGAUGGAGACAUAACACCACAAAUCAACUGUGUGUUCAACAUUGUUACUGACAUUUUCACAACACUCCCAACAAGAGCUGCGCGUCAUUCAACUCAUAGCCAACCUGCUGCCAUUAAAAAAACAAAACAGCUGGAGGGUUUUAGGUCAGCUUUGCGGAAACCGGUGUUACUUUGUUAAACAUGGCUGACGACUUUGGAUUUUCCGCCUCCGACAACGGAGUUCAUGUAGAAGAAGACCCAGCCGCGGCGUUUCUGGCCCAGCAGGAGAAUGAGAUCGCCGUGAUCGAGAACGACAGCGCCGGGUUCGGCGCGCUGGAGGACGGUGGACCUCCGCCCGCAGACACGUACACGUUCAUCGGAGGUGAUUUUGGAGGAGCACCAGCUACUGCUGUAAACGGAGAUAUGUUUCAGGACACCAACGGCAUAACUGACAGCUACUCAGCCAUUGCCCAAGUUGACAUGCAGAGACAAGAACCUGAAAGUCUGCGCAAAUGGAGGGAGGAACAAAAGGCUCGGCUGGAGGAAUUAGAUUCCGCAUCUAAAGCAGCUGAGGCUGUGUGGAGGGAUAAGGCCCGGAAAGAACUAGAAGACUGGCAUGUACACCAGAAUGAACAGAUGGAGAAAAAUAAAGCCAACAACAGGAUCGCUGAUAAGGCUUUCUACAAACAGCCCAACUCUGAUGCCAUAGGCUUUGUAGUAUCAGAGGAGGCCUUCCUCAAGGAGUGUGAUGAUGACAGUCCUGGAACAGAAUGGGAGAAAGUGGCCCGUCUAUGCGACUUUAACCCCAAGACCAGCCGUCAGACUAAAGACGUGUCUCGGAUGCGCUCUGUUCUUAUUUCUCUAAAACAGACGCCUCUGGUUCGCUAACGUAACUCCCUCUUAUAUUUUCUAGGCUUUCUUUCUUGUUCCCUCUUGCACUUUAUUUUAGUGAGGCUGAACACUUUAACAGAUUUAAGUUUUUUAUGUUUUAAUGGGGUCAUUGAAUGUGUACACUUUACUGUAUUUAAACUUCCUAUUUAUGUACCCUGGAUUUUGACUAUUCCGUAAGUUAAAGAACAAGUUGCAAGCGUGCCUCGAACAUUUGAAAACAGGUCAAAAGAGUUAAUGGUUUUCCCCUUAAACCCAAUGUCCAUGAAAGGCAGCAGUUCUAUCUAAAUGCCAAAAGUAUUUUGGUGCAGCUUACAAGUUAUUUUGUGAUUGUUGUGACAUUUGCAGUGCCUACAAACCAUUAGACAGCAUUAAUUCACUGGAACCAUAAGUGUCUUUGUUGUCUGUUACAAAAAAAAUGGAAGUAUUUGCUUACAUUCUAUACUUGGAUACAGUUUAGUUACCAUCUCUCACCCUAUAUAGUAUGUUUAACCAUUUAUUUGUCUUCAUAAGUUGAACACUGUUGUAAUCAAUAUCUGGGUUUGGCAUUAUCUGCUUUUUAGUAUUUCUGUUCACUGCCAAGAGGGACAUUUCAUUUCUGAGCUUGCUAAGGUUAUUGUUGUAUGAUGAUUUACACAUUAUUACUUUUCAAUAUUCAAAGUUUUUAAUUUCACAGGCACGUUGCUCAUAACAGCUUUAUUACUUAAAAUAGCAGAAAUCUUUUACAAAUGAAGAACUGUUACUCAGAUUUAACCUGCUAAUGUACCACUCCAAAUCAAUCCUUCAUUGCACAUGCGCUGUCUGUACUCGUAUAGCAGUUAAUAUUUUAUGCCGUUACUGCAUACAUAUGCGACUAAUAAUACAGAGUUUGAACCGUGUGCUUUGUCAAGUGUACAGUUCCUGAUUCUCAGUCUACAACAGCAAUGAAUCCUGUGCCUGAACCUUUUCUCACUGUGAGACUUACUGUCUAUCUGUAGGCCUUGAUCAGUCUAGCUUCCAAAAGCGCUAGAAAUGAAAUGUAGCACAGUGAAAUAAUGCAGGUAGUUGUACUUUUACAUAAAAUGCUGGAUGUUUAACAAUACUGCUUUUUAUAGUGCAGAAGUCGACUUGUUGUCCUACUUAAUGGCACGUGUAUAAAUGUUAGAUUGUUUGUACAAGUUAGGAGGCCUUGUUUCCAUUGAAAAUUGAAUUUUUUUAAAAAGUUUAACAGUAGUUAAUAGCUAAAGAAACCAUUUGUGUUUUUUGACUAUAUAAUCCAAAAGUUUAAUUGAAGCAAUCUGAUGAAAAAUAACUUGUAAUUUAAAAUGGGUUAAAUUUCUCAGUGAUUUGACUUCCCCCCCCCCCCCUUUUAUAGAUCUCUUAGCCCUCAAUCUGACUCUAAAUAAAUGUGUGUGCAUCAAUGCAGGCCAUGCAAUAAUUAUUGUGUAUUCAAUAAAUAAAUAAAAUUAAUUCAAUAAAAAAACUUCCGAAUUCA